AUGCGAGGAUCGACCACAUCGCUACCACCACCCUCUCCACUUUCGCAGCCCGUCGACUCGCCAAUGGCGGACACUCAUCCUGCCGAGGAUCCUUUGGCGGACGUGCCUGAGUUGAAGACAUAUCUCGCGACUGAGCACGACGAAAAGGUCGACGCCCUGAAACUCACGGCAGACAGUAUUGCUCAGAUGAGGCAGACUGCCAAUAACAUCUUGAUCACCAACCCCGUGAAUAUGGCAGUCGUCGUUGCAGUUUUGGCGCUCGUGGCUCGAUAUAUGGUUGAGAGCAGAGGAGACGCAUGGGUAGCAGGAACCACAUGUGCGGGUAUCAUAUUCACGGUCCUCGCGGCAUGUCGUUACCUCACGCAAGAGUACAUUUAUACGGCUGAGACGAUCAACUUCGAAUGGUUGGGCGAGGCGGAUGUGAUAAUCACGAAGUUUGGUGACGAGAUUAUUGGCACGGUCAUUGUGGACUGGAUAUCUGGAGAAGGACGGCAGAAAAGGAAGAAGGCUUGGGUCGGCGAGAUCAAGGCUUGGACUGUCAGGUUGAAGUAUCGAAAGAAGGGCGUCGGAAGUGCAUUGCUUGAGGAGGUGGUGAAGGAGGCGAAGAAGAAGGGCGCAGAGACUGUUGAGUUUGCGGACGAUCAUGCUAAUGCGAAGAGAAUUCUGCCAAGCUUCUACAAUAAGUCGUUUGAGACUCGAGAUCGGAAGGCACGCGAGCUGCUCGCUGAUCUGCUCGAAGCUACCCCAACCAAGGGCAAGAGGAGAUAG